UUAAUUCGUACUACCUCUCAAUGGUAUUUAAAGACUCUGCUCAGUCAAUCCAAGUCAGUAUUGAGCCUGAAAUCACCGGAGCAACACAUUUAUCGCUAACAAAGGGCAACUAAAAUUCAGCUGUUGUCAACCAGUUAAGAAUCACGAAAAACAGUACCGGAUAACAAUGAGAGGAUUGGCGUGUGUUAUGGUAUUGGUGGCCACAGUUUGGGCUGCACCUCAAUACCGAAAGCACGAGGAAGCCAUCACCAAACAACAGUGGGUUUCUUUGAAUCCGUAUGGCUCUCCAGACACUUACCCAGCAGAAGAAUACUCGACUAUCAAAGAUUUGGAGAAUCAAUGGGCGCGUUUCUACGAAUAUCUUCCCUGGUUGAGAGGACCCGCAGGAGCUACAGGACCCGCUGGAAUUGCUGGACCACCAGGACCACCAGGAGCCGCUGCAGUUUAUGAUCCUUACUAUCAACCCAAACUCGUUCCUGGCCCUCCCGGAGAACGUGGCUCACCAGGACCAGCUGGAGAAAAGGGAGAUACUGGAGCUCCAGGAGGUCCUGGCUACGUUGGUGGACCUGGGCCCCAAGGGCCAACUGGCAAACCUGGCGCACCUGGCAAUCGCGGAGAGAAGGGAGCCCCAGGCUACAACGGAGCCCCUGGAGCCGAUGGAAAGCCAGGAGUCGGUCCUAAGGGUGAACCUGGCUACAAUGGCGCUCCUGGUCUUCCUGGAGCUCCUGGAGCCCCCGGAAAAGAUGGUUAUCCUGGCGGCCCUGGACCUCAAGGACCUAAAGGAGACACUGGUGCACCCGGCUACACUAUCCCAUCAAAGAUCCCUGGCCCUCCCGGCCCACCUGGUCUCAACGGAAAAGACGGAGCUCCGGGAUAUGGUAUAGUUGGCCCAGCUGGCCCUAUGGGACCUGCUGGUGAACAAGGACCUGCCGGCAAACCAGGAGCAAAUGGGUAUACUGGCCCGGCUGGACCUAAAGGCGAAGCUGGAAAUAAUGGCGCACCUGGCGCACCUGGCAAGGAUGGAUAUCCUGGUGCUCCCAGCACAAUUGCUGGCCCACCUGGGCCUCAGGGCCCUGCUGGCUCUGCUGGCUACAAUGGUGCCCCUGGAAAAGACGGUCUUCCCGGCGCUCCAGGUGUACCUGGCAAGGAUGGCAAACCUGGCGCCCCUUCAUACGCCGUCGGCCCACCUGGUGAACAAGGCAGACCGGGCAAAGAUGGUCCUCCCGGCCCUGCCGGAACUCCUGGUUACCCUGGCGGCCCAGGCCCAGUUGGACCUGAAGGCAAACCCGGUGCCCCUGGUUACACUGGCCCAGCUGGCCCUGCUGGCCCAAUUGGUCCCGUCGGCCCGGUUGGCCCCCAAGGUAAAGUUGGAGCUCCAGGUUACAAUGGCCCAGCCGGCCCAGUAGGCCCGAUCGGGAGUGUUGGCCCUGUCGGACCGCAAGGAAAAACCGGUGCCCCAGGCAGUGCUGGUCCUCAAGGACCGCAAGGACCCGUUGGAGCCCCAGGAAAAUCUCAUGAAGCUCCAGUUGAUUAUCAAACCCCAGUCUUUUACAAAGCCCCUACCCCAAUCGUCUAUCAAGCCCCUGCACCAGUCGUCUAUAAAGCCCCUGCACCAGUCGUCUAUCAAGCCCCAGUAACUGAUUCGCCGGCCCCUGUCUACGAAAAACGCGUCCUGAUCUCUAGACCAGGGAUAAAUCAUUAUUAGAUUAAAUAUCUUUUCUUCCAUGGAAAGAGUUAUUUUAUUAAAUUAAUCCCGGUUUACACCCUUUAUUCUCUAUCCAGGAUAAAUCCCUUUUUACCUGUCUUUAAUUCACUCCCCCUCCUUUUUUCACAAUUAAAUACCAGAGCUAUACGAUGAAGUCUGUCUAAAAAUGUAUUACUAACAAUUAAUUAAAAAUACAUGACUUCAUGGGGAA